UCAGGAGCUUUAUGGAGAAGGGGAAGCAAGUAAUGGGAAAUGAAGUUUCGAGCGAGGAGGCGAUGAAGGUGAACAAUAUGCACCUAUACCCUGUGGAACCUUAUAGUUUGGGUGAAGGUUUGCCUUAUGCUCCCGUAGAUUGGCCAAAUCCCGGCGAUACUUGGCGUUGGUGGGUCGGCAAGAGAACCAAUUCGUCUGGUUUCUAUCAACAAAGGUUAUUAUAUCUUCCAAAGCGUCUCCGUUUCCGUGGCAGUGACUCUUUUUGCCGUUUUCGGGGCAAGUCUUCGCUCAAAGCCUACAUCUCUUCGCAGUUUCCAAACGCAGAUGUUGAGGAGUUUCUUGCUUCUUUUCGCUGGAUGGUUCCCUCUACAAAACAGCUCCAGAGCGAAGAUGUCUUUCCACAGGUACCACCGGUUGAAAUUGCAUCUAAGAGGAGAAAAGAAGCCCCCGGUAAUUCCAAGAUGAUGAAAAAAGCAAGACCAGCUAUAUCACGAGCCUUCCCUAGGCGCAGAACCCAGCAGUCUUACAAAAUACCAGCUCAAGCCAACACUGGAAAUGACGAGUCUGUAAUUGACUUGUGUUCCCUAACGGAUGAUAGUACAAGUGAUGGAAGUGAAUAUUUGUGUUCCCCAAAGGAUGAUAGUACAAGUGAUAGAAGUGGAUAUUCGAUAGGUGGCUCUGAACCGCAAAUUGAUCUUGAGGACGUUGCUCCUGACCAACGUAUUGGUUCUAGCUGCUACGCAUCCAAGGAUUUCGAGGCACAAGAUGUGCAAAAUGUCCAGAAACAUCAUGCUCAAUUUUGUGAAGAAGAUGUUGAUGACUGUCUAAAGUCUUUGGAACAUGUUCUUUCUCAGCACAAUGAUGAAGCUCAGGUGCGGACUCCUUUCACUUAUGUAGGUUCUGAUAUGGCAGAGGAAAUGUCUACUUUCCGCAAGAGGCUUUCUUCCAUUCUUGCCCUGGAUUUCUCAUGCUUGCUGUCCUCAGAGUACCUAGAGGAGAUUACUUUUUCGGUAGAGAAGCUCGCGGCCGAUCCCAUCUUGACUGUUGAUCAACUGCUUAAGUUGAAGUCGGUCGAAGAGAUCCCCAAAGCAGGCAAGGUUUUUCUGCGCACUAAGGGAAUUGCUGAGCAGGUUACCAAAUUUUUCGGAGAUCUUCAGGCCAUGAAGGACAAGGUUUCUUCUAUCAAGAGAAAGUUCAGUGAGCUGAAGAAGGGAGCAGGAGAAUUGCAGUCUCAGAUAAAUUCCAAGUCAUCUCUUGUGCGAGAAAUAGAUGAACAAAUUGCCCAGAUUCAAUCUAGGAAAGCUGAACUUGCUCAUGACCUCGAGUUGACGACUAAGGCGAAAGUUGAGGCGGUUGCUGAGCAGAAGAUCAAGGCUAACUCUAUAUCAGCUGUCAUGCGAGAGAUCAAGACUGCCAUUGCUGAAAUCCCAAUAUGGGAAUUGAAGAAGAAAAAUGCUGAAAAGCGAAUGGCUGAGAUCCUCGCCAGGUAUGCGCCUCUCAAAGGUUUCUCCUUUGGGAAAUCCAACGGAAAUUGAUCUCUCGCAUGAUGGCUGAUGAUUUCAGCAUUAACCAUGCUUCGUAGCAUUUGUGUUUCAUUCCUUACUUUGGAAUUUUAUCAGUGUUUUCUCGAACUGAUGUGGAUAUGAAAAGCUUAGUUCGAUCGGUUUAACAGGGUCACCAGUUGUGUAAUCUGAAUAGCUAGAGUUAAUGGUAAGAGUUACUAGUAAAAACUCAAUGUGAAUUACAAUUCACGGCUCAUCUCUCGAAAUUGUCUCUGUUCGACUACUUUGUUGACAUUUUGGCAUUUCACAUGCUGUUGUUUGCAACAGCUUGCACAAUGUAGCUCGAAGAAUCUGUCGAUCAAUGCGCUAGAAAGGGAUACAAUCCAAUUUUGGCUUGCCAUGGCAUGAGAUUCAUUGGCUCGAGUCGCCAGUUUGUGACAAGUCUUGCUUAUCUUGGACCA